AUGCUUCUGAGUGAGAUAAGCAUUGCUAUUCUCAUUGCAUGCUUGGGAAUUGCUACCAAUGCUGGUAUCCUCAUCUUUUCCAGAAUGCUGGGCGUUGGACCCAGGAAAAAGAAAUAUUCUGUUGGUGGUUACAGCACUGAUGAGACCUAUUCAGAUCACCGACCUCAGCGAACGGGCAGUCUUGACUCAUCUGCACCGAGGCGUGUUUCGGAGACCACAUCACGUUUCCUGGCAUCAAAGAAGCCCAUGAUGCUGGUUCCCAAUGCGGAUGUAUCCCUUCUCAGGCUAUCAUCUCUCCUUUCAAUCAAUCGACUGGAGCAAGACAUGAAUUUGCCCCAGCGAUACUCUAAACCCAGUGGUAAAAUGACUUGGCGAUCUCAAAGCCGUCGACAUAGAGUAUACCUGCAAGGCCUACUAAUUCUUGCUUCAUCUAAUCUCCUUACUGCCUUCCUGCUUCUCAUAUCGGCAAUGUACUCCAUCUACAAAACCAAUGUAAGCAUCGCGGGCAUCCUGACUACCUCAGCUCUCCUUGACGCCUUUCAAGCAGUUGAAGUGGGAGCCAUCCUAUGGAUAGCG